AUGCCCGUCCUGCCCGACGGCCGGGUGUACAGCGCGACGUACAGCAAUGUGCCCGUCUACGAGGUCAACGUCAACGGCAACCACGUCAUGCGGCGGCGCGCCGACGACUGGAUCAACGCGACGCACAUCCUCAAGGUGGCCGACUACGACAAGCCGGCGCGCACGCGCAUCCUCGAGCGCGAGGUGCAAAAGGGCGUGCACGAGAAGGUGCAGGGCGGCUAUGGCAAGUACCAGGGCACCUGGAUCCCGCUGGACGACGGCCGCGUGCUGGCCGAGCGCAACGGCGUGCUCGACAAGAUGCGCGCCAUUCUCGACUACGUGCCCGGCGACCGCAGCCCGCCGCCCGCCCCGAAGCACGCAACGGCCGCCUCGAACCGCAUGAAGCCCCCGCGCCAGACGGCGGCGGCGGCCGCCCGCUCCGCCAAGGCCCAGCUCGCGCAGAACAACGCGCACUCGCAUUCGCUCGUCAGCGAUGACCACCCGUACGACGCCCCCGGCCACCUGCAGGCGCAGCACAUGUUCCGCGACGACACGCCCGGCGCCGACACGGUCGUCAGCGAGUCGAUGCUCGGCGACCACGACUUUGCCGACGCCCACUGCGCCGACUCGCGCAAGCGCAAGCGCGGCGGCGACCAGAUGUCGCUGCUCGACCAGCAGCACCAGAUCUGGGCCGACCAGCUGCUCGACUACUUUAUGCUGCUCGACCACAAGGACGCCUACUCGUGGCCCGAGCCGCCGCCGAGCAUCAACCUCGACCGCCCGAUUGACGAAAAGGGCCACGCGGCCAUGCACUGGGCCGCGGCCAUGGGCGACGUCGGCGUCGUCAAGGAGCUGAUCCACCGCGGCGCGCGCAUCGACUGCCUGUCCAACAGCCUCGAGACGCCGCUGAUGCGCGCCGUCAUGUUCACCAACAACUUCGACAAGGAGACGAUGCCGUCCAUGGCCAAGGUCUUCCAGCAGACGGUCCACCGCACCGACUGCUUUGGGAGCACCGUCUUCCACCACAUCGCCGCCACGACCGCCUCGUCGAACAAGUACGUGUGCGCCCGCUGGUACCUCGACUGCAUCAUCAACAAGCUGUGCGAGACGUGGAUCCCGGACGAGGUCACGCGUCUGCUAAACGCCGCGGACCAGAACGGCGACACGGCCAUUAUGAUCGCCGCGCGCAACGGCGCCAGGAAGUGCGUGCGCAGCCUGCUCGGGCGGAACGUGUCGGUCGACGUGCCGAACAAGAAGGGCGAGACGGCAGACGACCUGAUCCGCGACCUGAACUCGCGCCGCCGCACGCACAGCCGGACACGCCAGGCCUCGUCGUCGCCGUUUGCGCCGCCAGAGCAUCGUCUGAACGGCUUCGGCAGCCAGCUCGACGGGGGCCCGCUGCUCUCCAUGGCCCUGCCAAACACGCAACGAGCGGAAGAGCGCACAUACCGCUCCCAGACAGCGUCGCACCUCAUGACCAAAGUGGCCCCCACGCUGCUCGAAAAGUGCGAAGAGCUGGCGCUCGCCUACGAGCACGAGCUCGCCGAGAAGGAAGCCGAGUCGUUUGACGCCUCGCGCGUGGUCAAACGGCGCCAGGCAGAGCUCGAGGCGAUCCGCAAGCAGGUGUCGGAGCUGGAGAACAGGGGCCUGGAUCUGGACGACGAGGGCGUCGACGUGUCGCAGGAGCGGGAGCUGCGGGACCUGGUGACGGAGGCGGAGAGCCUGCUGGAGGUCGAGCAGAAGAGCGAGCUGCGGCGCCUGCUGGGCACGACGCCGUCGGACCCCGCGAGCCAGAACUCGGGCGCCGAGGAUCCCAGGGAGAAGCUCCGGCUGAGCCUGCUGCUGUAUCGCGCGCAGCUCGAGCGCCGAGAGCUGGUGCGCGCCGUCGUUGCCAAUCUGUCGGUCGCCGGCAUGAGCGAGAAGCAGGGCGUGUACAAGGGGCUCAUUGCCAAGGCGCUGGGCGAGCGCGAGGACGACGUUGAGAACAUGCUGCCGGAGAUUUUGCGGGAGCUUGAGGAGGCGCAGACGCAGGAGCACGCCGAGGGGCUGGAGGGGAGUCCGCUAUGA